CUUCCUCUGCACAGGUUUUGAUAAAUCUCCCCCAAAGAUCCUGUGUGCAAAUGGGAGAAACUCCACCAAUCUGGGCUUUAUGGCAGAAAGGUUUAGCUGCUAUUUGCAAAAAAGCACCUAAAGGGCUCAUGGUGAGAAACAAGAUUCUCUGGUAUGAUGUAACCAAAGUUGAACUUUGAUAAAUGUUGUGUCUGGGAGAAAACCAGGCACUUCUCAUCUCCUGUCAAAUACAAAUACAGUGAAGUAUAGUGGUAGCGGCAUCAUACUGUGUGGGUGUUUUUCAGUAGCUUGAGACAGGGAGAUUGGUCGGUGUUGACUGUCCCAGCCAGAGCCCUGACUUGAGCCCAGUCCUAUAUCUCUGGAGAGACCUGAAAAUGUCUUCCACUGAUGGUCUGCAUUCAGAGUGAUCGAGUUCCAAAAAAAUCUGCAGAGAAGAAUACCAGAAAUCCAGAUGGAAUUAAGCCACCUCAGGAUUUGGACAUUGCUGUUAAUGUACCAGGUCAGGUUGUUCUGACCUGGCAACACAUUGUACCCCCAAAGAACAAAAGUAUAACAUACACAGUGAAACUCUCCACUCCAGGACAUAAACAAGAAAUCAAGACCUCUACAAACACUUCCACACAACAGAUAACACUGCACAGAGGUCUCACUGUUGAUGUGGCUGCAGAGAUCAAAGAGGAUGGUUCUAAAAGUGGGUGGGUGUCUAAAUCUAUCCCCCCGUAUUCAGGAGUUGAAGGAACAUCAGCUACAGAUUUAUCCUGUGAGAUUUACCUACAUGAGUCAGAGAAAUGUAACCUUAGCUGUAAAUGGACCCCUGGGAAGAAGGCUCCGGCAGACACUGAGUAUAGCCUUUCAUACAGGUAUGGAACUAAUACUGAAAGUUGUCAGGACUUUGUAACAGAGCCAGGGGGGCAGAGACAGACUGGGUGUCACAUUCUCUCCAGUAUUAUCUCCAUGAAUAACACCAUGGAUUUCUUGGUUCACGUUAAUGGGACAAGCAAGAGCCUACAGAUCAAGGCAGUGGAGAAGAUAUUCAACACACAGGAAAUAGAGAUCAUUCCACCUGUCCGGAACCUGAAAAUGGAUUUGAACGGCCUGCACUGGAAGAAACCCAUCAAUUCCUUUAAAGAUAAUUGUUUCAUUUAUGAAGUUAAUAUCUGGUCAAAGGACAGCAAUGAUACGAUUAAAGUUCGGCAUUCCAACUUGUCAAAUAACUUCCUCCAGAAACACUCUAAUAGACAAUCCAUUCGUGUGAGAGCAGUUGGAAAACUACCAUGUUGGAUUCCAAAUCGUUACAGUGCAUGGACAGACAUUAUAGAGAUCGGAGAAGUUAUUGACAGAAGUGAUUCUCUGGGGAUCAUCGUGCCUGUCUGUCUGACUGUAGCAUGUGUUGGUAUAUUUCUACUGUGCAUUAGGUUCUGGGGACAUAUGUUUCCACAGAUUCCAAAACCCAACAAUGACCUGAAGGAGUCUUUCCAGAAUGUACAAAGUCAGGCCCUGGUGCACUGCCACUCACUGGACAGUGAAGAAAUGAUAAGUUACAUUGAGGAGCUGGUAGAGUCUGACAAAUACAAGAUGUCGGACAAAUUGUCGGGUUAUGGAUAUGUUGAAAAUUAUUCUUCUAGUGGACUCUACAAAACUCUAUGAUUCUAAUCCUGUUUCACUUUGCUGGCCAAAAAUAACCAGGUAUCGGGUAUCUGGGGGUCACCUAGGACUCGCUGAAAGAACUUUCAUGAAAGGGGUACUCCACCCCUAGACAUCUUAUCCCCUAUCCAAGUGAUAGGGGAUAAGAUGUCUGAUCACGGGGGUCCCACCGAUCUCCGCUGCAGCACCCCAGAAGACAUUGGGUGCACGGAGAGCGAACUUCGCUCCGUGCUGGAUGACUGGCGAAGUGGGGCGGAGGCUCGUGACGUCACAGUCACACCCCGCUCAUGACGUCACAGCCAUGCCCCCACAAUGCAAGUCUAUUAGAAGUGGGUGUGAUGGUCAUGCCCCCUCCCAUAGACUUGCAUUGAGGGGGUGUGGCCAUGAAGUCACCAAUGGGGCGCUGCCAUGACGUCACGAGCCUUCGACGGUGAACUCGAGGCUCUAAACGAAUGCCGGAUGCAGCAGGGCGGUCACGGGGGUCUCACUGCUGGGGACAUCUUAUGGAUAGGGAAUAAGAUGUCUAGGGGUGGAGUGCCCCUUUAAAGCCUUGCUCACUCUCUGUACAGAAGUCACAAAAGUCACAGUCAUAUGACUGCAAAUGUUUGUUGUUUUACCUUCCCUGCUCGUAUUAUGAGUUUGCUGUAGUCUUAUUUUUUUUUCAAACUGUUAAGAUUGGGACACAUAAAGCCUAAAAUGCGCUUGCAUUACCUUGUCUUAUUACAUACUUUUUUUUUGUUUGUUUUGUUAUAUUAAAUGAAAGAUGCAAUUAUUGAAUAAAGCGUUAGU